AUGGAUCGACUCAAGGUUUUUCGCAUAAUCAUACUGUUUUGUUCCGUUGUCGUCGCAAGACAAGAACCAUCCGUGCCUUUGUACACAAGUGAAAUCGGAUAUUUCGGUGACUCAGCACAGUUUGGGUUUUCGCCCUUGUUUGCCUCCCUGAUACAUCCGAUUAAAGACAAGAGAUAUGUGAAGAAAAAGGACGACGGAGGGGCUGUGAGACAUCCGAACCACAAUUACAAUGCGCAGGAUAAAGCUGAACAUUUGGAGGACCUAAAAGAGAAGUACAACAAACACAGCCAGCACAGCGACAAAGGGUACAAAAGCAACCACCACCACGACCUAGUGGACAAACAAAAGGGGGCAUCCCACCACACCGCCUCAAGGAACAAAGAAAAAGGUGGCCACACUAAAAAGCACCACGACUCAGCUUCACACUACGACAAGUUCCAAAAAGGGAGGGAGUCCCACAAGUCCGGCAAGUUUGGGGAGAAAAAGGGCCACAGGAAGGGCCACAAGACGAAGGAGUACCACAACACCCUGCACAGGGACGAGUACCACAGGGAGCACAGGUUCUACGACGACGCACACAAAAGCGGCUACCACGAAAAGUACGGGGACCACCACGAGUACUUCGACAACAAGGAGGGUGGGCGGAAGAGUGGCAAGAGCCACCACGCGGCCGACGAACGGGAGCAUCACGGCGCCAAAGGACACGAGGACAAAGGGUCCAACGAACAAGAACACACCGGUUCGUCAUACAAAGAAGGCGCCGACAAGCACCACGACCACUACAGGAAGUACCACAAGGCACGGGACCACGAAGGGGGAAAGCAUUACGGUUACGGCCAAUAA